UACAUACAUAUGUUUGAGCGCCGCUACAGUUGGCGUUUCUAACACUGGCAAAAAACAUGCAAACAAAAACAAAAAGAGUCGCCACGUGCGCGCCAUUCUUCAUACACACGCCCAUGAAAUGUCGGAAAAGGCAGACACUUCGGUUAAGAGCCUGCGCCUGGGCGUUUGCGAGGUAUGUGGGGGAAAGGAAGCCCACUAUGCCUGCCCCAAAUGCGAGGUGAAGACGUGCAGCGUGGCCUGCGUCCAAAUACACAAGCGGGAGCUCGUCUGCGAUGGCGUGCGGGAUCGCACCAAGUUCGUGCCGCUUAGCGAGAUGACGGAGCGGGAACUGUUGAGCGAUUACUGCUUCCUGGAGGAGUGCACACGGUACGCGGAUGACCGCAAGUUCGACCUGACCAAGCGCUACACCCAGCAGCAGCGAUAUCUGCCCGUGCCGCAGCAUCGCAUGCGCGCAGCGGCCCAAAAGCGAAACACUCAACUCUCCCUGCUGCUGCCGCACUUCAGUCGCCACAAGGAGAACACAACCUAUCUGGACUGGAAGCGGAAUCGUUUCUUUUGGCGCAUCGAUUGGCUGUUUGUGAAUGCUGCCGAGGAAGACGAGGAUCAGGAUGAUCCGAUCAAGUCUGCCCGUUUUGCGGAUGCUCGCUGUGAUGAAGAGCUGACUCUGGCCAACCUGCUCCUCAAAUAUUUGGAUCUGCAGCAGGAGACGGCACGCGAGAACCGCAAACUCCUCGUCCGCCAUCAGACGGUGGGCAUUGGUGGCCUGAGCUUCUGGCUGCAGGCCGAGGGCGUCCGGCGCAGCGCCACUCGUUGCUAUCACCUGGAGGCAAACAGAACGCUUCGCGAGAAUCUCUCCGGCAAAACGAUUGUGGAGUUCCCCACCAUCUUUGUCACCUAUUCGCGACAGCCACCAGCCGGCUACGAGACCAUAGACAGUGAUAAAGAAUCGGAUGAUGAUCUCACAGGAACCGCAUCUGAUCCCGAAUCGGAAGAGGAGCCAAUAUCUGCGAACACACCCAAAAAGGCCAAGGUGUUGCACGAUUUGAAUGAAAUUCACGAUGUCUACCAUGCAUUGGCCGCUGCCUACUCUGACGAGGACGACAGCGGGGCAGAUGCAGAUGGCUGUGAAAUCGAAGGAGUGUUUCGUGAAGACAUCGAGCUGUAGUUAAGGAAGGGGAACAACAGGGGAAAGCUUGUCUACAGAUAGGAAGAGCAGAGCAGAGCAUAGAAGUGAAUGCUGUGUUCCAUUUUCUAGUACCUGAAUAUUAGCGGAGAAACAGAUGCCUUAUGUCCUACCUCCGGCCAUUGUGGCAGUGGAAACAGCUUCCAAUACAACGACAGUGAAUGUUAAUGUUAAGCUGGUGGCCCAACUCUGGCUAAUCAGCUGCCCAGAUGAAAUAAAUAUAUUUAUAAGUCUUUCUUUUA